AUGCCCCCAACUCUUGAUGGCCAGAUUACGAUGGAGAAAACCCCAUCAUACUGGGUGACGAGGUCAGCUCCAAAACGUGUGUACGCCAUGAAUCCAAGCGUGAAACUCCUGGCGGUAGUACGAGAUCCAGUCACUCGAGCUAUCAGUGAUUAUACGCAGUCAGCCAGUAAAAGACCAUCACUCCCUCGUUUUGAAGACUUGGCUCUGGUGAACAGCUCAGCCGGUUGGGGAGGAUCACCGUCGGUGGUAGAUGCAUCAUGGCCACCAGUAAGGUUGGGAGUUUACGCGAGGCCACUGCGACGCUGGUUACGAAGGUUCCCGAGACAGAAGCUGUUGUUGAUCAGUGGAGAAAGAUUGGUAGCCGAUCCCGCCGCAGAAAUGGCAAGAGUACAGCCGCGGCACUGGGAGACAUUCCGGGCGUCGGAGAUCGAGCAACGAUCACCGGCCACCGUAAGCGUGGGUCUGCGGACGGCAUCGCUGCUAGAUCAGAGUCAGGACCCGACCCGAACGAAUUCUUGGGCUUAAAACGAGUAAUAACAGAAAAGCACUUCUAUUUCAAUUCAACUAAGGGCUUCCCUUGUUUACUGAAGUCCGAAAGUCGGUCUACUCCACAUUGCCUAG